UGUUGCAGGUGUAGCGCCACAAACAGAAGCUCCGCUGCGCCCUCCAGCGGUGACAGCGCGCGUCUCUCACACAGCGGAAAACAAGUGCACUGCAGUUAAACGGCGCAUUCGGUGAGAGGUCGGUAAAGCAGUCGAGCCUGCUCGUCGGCAAACCUCUCCCUCCCUCGAAACCACAUCCACGUUUAAGUUUUGUCCUCACAAUCCCGCAAGUCGAAGGAACAGAAGCGUAAUCGUAGUGCUGGAAGACAGCUCGGAUAUUGCCGCGAACGCUGAGGGCUGAGAAAUGGCAACGACAACUUGCACGCGCUUCACCGACGAGUACCAGCUGUACGAAGAACUUGGAAAGGGGGCCUUCUCAGUCGUACGACGUUGUGUCAAGCUGUGCACGGGCCAAGAGUAUGCUGCCAAAAUCAUCAACACCAAAAAGCUCUCGGCAAGAGAUCACCAGAAGCUGGAACGGGAAGCCCGUAUCUGCCGUCUGCUCAAGCAUCCCAAUAUCGUGCGGCUCCAUGACAGUAUAUCAGAGGAAGGCUUCCAUUACCUCUUAUUUGACCUUGUGACGGGUGGAGAGCUGUUCGAAGACAUUGUAGCCAGAGAAUAUUACAGUGAAGCUGACGCCAGUCAUUGUAUCCAUCAGAUUCUAGAGAGUGUCAGUCACAUUCACCAUCAUGACAUAGUGCACAGGGACCUGAAGCCGGAGAACCUGCUUUUGGCCAGUAAAUGCAAGAACGCCGCUGUCAAGUUGGCCGACUUUGGCCUGGCCAUUGAAGUACAAGGGGACCAGCAGGCCUGGUUUGGGUUUGCUGGAACGCCAGGUUACCUUUCUCCAGAAGUGCUGAGAAAGGAGGCUUAUGGGAAACCUGUGGACAUUUGGGCAUGUGGAGUCAUCCUGUAUAUUCUGUUGGUGGGGUAUCCUCCAUUUUGGGAUGAAGACCAGCACAAGCUCUAUCAGCAGAUCAAAGCCGGGGCUUAUGACUUUCCCUCCCCAGAAUGGGACACGGUUACCCCUGAAGCCAAAAACCUCAUCAAUCAGAUGUUGACCAUCAAUCCAGCCAAGAGAAUCACGGCGCAAGAGGCUCUUAAACACCCAUGGGUCUGCCAACGCUCCACUGUGGCGUCCAUGAUGCACAGACAGGAAACAGUCGAGUGCCUGAAGAAGUUCAACGCAAGAAGGAAACUCAAGGGUGCGAUAUUGACCACCAUGCUGGUGUCGCGCAAUUUCUCUGUGGGCAGGCAGACCACGGCACCCUCCACUGUCUCUGCGGCCGCCGCUGCAGCCGCCGCUGCGGCAGGUACAACUGCCGGUCUGGUGGAACAAGCAGCCAAGAGCCUGCUCAACAAGAAGGCCGAUGUCAAGAAACGGAAAUCCAGCUCCACCGUUCAGUACAUGCCACAGUCAAACAGUGCGAAAAACAGCAUAGUCACCAGUCCCAAAGGAAACGUCCCUUCUCCUGCUCUGGAGCCUCAGACCACUGUUAUCCAUAACCCAGUGGAUGGGAUCAAGGAAUCUUCAGACAGCAGCAACACCACCAUUGAGGAUGAAGACGUCAAAGGGAAAAGCCUAGAUAGCAGUUCAAUUAAAGCCCCCUCUGAAGUCAGCCAAUCACCUCCGGGCUCCGCCCCCGCCAUCUUCUCCACCAAGCUGACCGAUAUCCUGGGCUGCGCCCGCAGGGGCUCAGGACCCUCAGCCAUGCCUGAUACUGAAGCAGCUGCCCUCUCUACCCAAUCCCCUCCACAGACCCCCAUCAUGCAGACCCGGUUCACAGAUCUGGUGAGCAGUGUGGGCCGUGCACCUGUCCCGCAACCUCAAGCGGAGUCGACUUCCUCCCGAACCUCUGUCCCCCCUCCCCAGCCCUCCUCCCCCCCGACCCCACCCCCCUCUGUGUCUGUGCAGACACGCAAACAGGAAAUCAUCAAGAUCACGGAGCAGCUGAUAGAAGCCAUCAAUAAUGGGGACUUUGAGGCCUAUGCGAAAAUCUGUGACCCUGGACUGACCUCCUUUGAACCCGAGGCUUUGGGGAACCUGGUUGAGGGGAUGGACUUCCAUAGAUUCUACUUUGAGAACUUGCUUUCCAAGAACAGUAAGCCCAUCCACACCACCAUCCUGAACCCUCAUGUGCACCUGAUCGGAGAAGAUGCCGCCUGCAUCGCCUACAUCCGCCUCACCCAGUUUGUGGAUGGACAGGGCCGGCCGCGCAGCAGCCAAUCGGAGGAGACUCGCGUGUGGCACCGCCGGGACUCCAAGUGGCAGAACGUUCAUUUCCACUGCUCCGGUGCGCCAGCUGCUCCUCUACAGUGAAGAGUGGCUCUGCAGUGGAUACAUUAGAUGUGGAAGUGAAGGACAGGGAGGACUGAUAGGACGGCAGCAGGGGUCCAGCGUCGGAGCGCUCCCAAACCUCCAGCCUUCCAACGCUGGACACAGCCGUCCUCCCCCUGCAUGCUAACCAACAGUUAUCUCUCUACCUGCUGGGCUGCUCUCGAAACACAGCGUCCAGACCACCCCUCACCUCCGACUCCACCCAGCACGUCUUUAUGCCAAGACUCACCACCGACGCAAGAGCAGCACUGCAUAUAUUAAUCAUCGAGAGCGAUCAUAGACUCCAGGUCCCCAUCUAGAGUUAUAAUAACCCGCACGAUUGCCUUCUUAUCCACAAUCCUUUGCGCUCCACUUUUGUCUUCACUGGCCUUAUGCCCCCUGUGCCCAGGUACUCCCAAAUAUAGUAGAUCAUGUUUUAAUAAAAUAACAUUAUUAUUAUUA